AUGUGGGACACACCGCAAUUGGAGCUUGUGAAGCUGCUACACAAGUGAACUGGUUCCAAUCGCGUAUGGGAACAUGCCAUGCUUGAUCCAGCUUCCUCCUCGAAAUUCAAAAGAAAACCUUUGCCCCAUGAUCCCAUCCUGCCCACGAAGGAAGCGUUCAUCAAAGCUAAAUAUGUUGACCAUGCGUUUAUUCGCAAGCCAGGAAAGGACGAAGAGCCAUGGAGUCUGGAUGACGUAAAUAAACAGUUGUGGUCUUGCGUUCGCACCGCUCAUGUUGACACAACUUUA